GCCUCGAUUUCUGCGUGUUUCUUUGAUACCGUCUGCAAAUUAAAUUGAUAUUUUUAUGAUUUAAUUAUCAUCCUAUAUUUAUACGUUCGUUCCGUCUUGUUUGCCUCUUGCAGAUAUCUUUCGGUUUGCUAUCAAGUGGAAAGUUGACUGAUCAGUUUGCUUAUAAUAAUCUUCAAAAUUUUUGCGGAUAAAAGAUGACGACUGGACGUAAACUCUAAUUUGUAUAAUUAAACGGUUAUUAAAAUACGUGUGUCUCUUGUAUGCAACGAAUUAAGAUACACAUCUGAGUUGUCACCCUGACGUCUUUUUCUUAUCAUAUUUAUUUGAAGAAUGAUAUUUAAAGUGCGGUUGGUAAUUAUAUCAACAUAUAUUUAUAUCGUUUUUCACGAAUUUUCUAAUGCUGCAUCACUGUAUUUUCAAGUGCAAGAUGUUUUGUUUGCGCAAGGAAUUUUUAUCAUCAAGAAAUUUGACUGCACUAAACAGGAGACAGAUAAAUCAGAUUAAGUCAGUUCUCAUUGAGACAAAUAUAAAUCAUUUUUUGUGCUAAGAACAUAUCACUUCUUUCGAAAUAUCUUAUUGGUUUUUAUGUAGUUACUACCACAGUGACGGAUCUUUAUCGUCGUAGAAUACAGAGAUUUAACAAAUGUAGGACUUUAUAAUUACUUAAUCUAAACAUUUAGAAUUUUCCAAAUUUUUUACAAUGAAGUUUCAAUAUGAUGCAGUGUCUUUCACCUCAGGUAUCACUAACUCUAUCAACUUCAAAUACGAGGGUUAAUUACACUCUCAUAGACUAACAGUGAUCUAUUCAAGUACACGGAUUACCACGUUUAAAACUCUUUAAACAAAACGAGUCCAAUAUGGAUCUCGAAUUUAUCUUAUCACUUCUGUUGACAAAAGGGUGUGCAAAUCUACAUCCAUGCACCUAUUAAUAUAGUAGUUGCAUAGAAGCUUGUAUUCUUUAGUAUAACAAGACAUGACCCAUCUCGGCGACAAGAGAUACAGAGUGAGUCUAAUCACCUGAUUAAUAUUCGUGGCCGUGUUGUUGUACAUAUAAAUUCCAUAUCAAUAUAUUUUUUAUCGAGGUUCAAAUUUAACACAUACAGUUAUCGCAAAGAGUGCAAUAAAUAAACGGGAUCGAUCGCAACGUCUUCAUUUCGCUGAAGAUGACGAGACUGCUACUUCUGCUGCUUCUCUCUGGGCUGCUAACAUUGACAUGGGCGCUGGAAGAGUCGCCGAGGGUUAAGACUCCUCAGGGUGCUAUCCGAGGGUACUAUAAAGUGUCAGCUAAUGGCAGACAGUAUGAAGCCUAUGAAGGAAUCCCUUACGCCCUACCUCCAAUUGGGAAACUUCGGUUCAAGCCUCCUCAACGACUGCCACCAUGGAUGGGUGAACUUCCAGCAACCAAAUUUGGUUCUCCUUGCUUGCAAUAUGCCCAAAUACCUGAAGACCCUAAUGAUAGAGUCGAAGGUUCUGAAGAUUGCCUGUACUUAAACAUAUAUGUUCCAAACGAAAGGCAGACCAAAUCACUGCCAGUACUCUUCUGGAUUCAUGGAGGAGCUUUCCAAUAUGGUAGCGGAAUGUAUAUGGGCGCUAAAUACCUCAUGGAUCGUGACGUCAUAUUUGUUACAAUCAACUAUCGUCUUGGAAUGUUAGGGUUCCUCAGUACUGAAGAUGAAGUGGUUCCUGGUAACAUGGGGUUGAAAGACCAAAGUAUGGCUCUGCGAUGGAUCUCAGAAAAUAUUGAAUGGUUUGGAGGUGAUCCAAACCGAGUGACUUUGGUCGGUUUAAGCGCUGGAGGUGCAAGUGUUCAUUAUCAUUAUUUAUCUCCUAUGAGUGCUGGUCUCUUCCAAGGUGGUAUCUCAAUUAGUGGUACUGCUUUUGAUUGUUGGACACAGACUGAAAAUUCUAGUCAAAAAGCUAAACAAUUAGGAGCCCUCAUGGGCUGCCCUACAAAUAAUGUAAGAGAGAUGGUACGUUGUCUCAAAUAUCGCCCAGGCAGAACUUUGGUUGAAUCUCUUGGUCAAUUCAUGCCAUUUUAUUAUAAUCCAUUCACGCCAUUUGGUCCAGUUCCUGAGAAAUAUGGGGAUGAACCAUUCAUUGACCGUACACCUGCUGAAAUAGUGAGUAGUGGGGAUGUUCAAGAUGUUCCUUGGAUCACUGGAGUAACCAGUGAAGAGGGAUUGUAUCCAGUUGCUGAAUUUAUUGCUAUACCAGAAGCUUUGAAAACAUUGGACAAUAACUGGGAUAUUAUUGCACCUUCUUUCCUUGAUUAUAAUUACACUGUACCCAUAGAGAAACAUGUUGAAGUUGCCAAACUGAUUAGGAAGGAAUACUUUGGAUCAAAGAAGAUAGAUGAAACAACAACAAAACCUUUAAUACAAGUAGCCAGUGACCGAUUCUUUGUUGUUGACAGUGAAAAAGCUGCUAGAAUGGUGGCCAAAGUUAAUAAGGAACCUGUUUGGUAUUACUAUUAUACCUUUAGAGGUGCACAUAGUCUUAGCGAUGCUUUGUCUGGGACUACCACUAACUAUGGUGUAAGUCAUGGAGAUGAUGCAUACCAUGUAGUAGACACACCUUACUUUGAUCCUACAACAACACUAGAUGAUCGUAAAAUACAACAAGUAUUAAUUGACUUAUGGGUAUCAUUUGCAACUCAUGGAGUUCCAAAUGUCAAUGAUGCACAAUGGCCAAGAUUAAAUCCAAACGAAAAGGCCUUACAUUAUUUACACAUUGGUGGACCACAAAAUAUUCGUAUGGACAGCACUAUCAAUUUUGGUCACAAACAUUUCUGGAAUUCUCUCAAUUUCAAUGAAAACAAAGUAGAUACUACAUUUGAUGCAUUAAAAGAAGAAUUGUAAUAAUGUUUUAUGCUGAUACAUGUAAUAUUAAGAAUUUGACCAAUUUUAUCUAAACAUUCUUCACAAAGUUGUCAUGUACAUCCUUUAUUAUUCCACUUCAAAAAUUAAAGCAGUAUUUUUCAUGUAUCGAUUGGUGAAUAUUUUUAAAAGCUUACCUGUUCGUUCAGUACAAUGUCACAUUCUGCAUGUCUACCAAUUUUAUUAAUCCCUUCCUUAAUUGGAUAUGUAUUGGAA